ACAAGAGACUGACCACCAAAACAAACUUAAAGGAGUGCCGCCUAAAUUGUAAACAACUUCGCAAUUCAUCCAUGAUAUUGAACUACUCCCGCAACCCUCCAACAUGAUAAUGAAAUCUCAGAGGAAGAACGUACAGAGAAAGCUACUGUCAAUAAAAAUUCUCUCCUGUUUGUAGAAGAUGAAGUCGUCCUUCUCCAGGUCUAGUUUAUAGACAAAUAGUCUACGCAGAAUUCAAAACCGGAUGUCAUACUAAAAUGAAACUAACUUCUGUCAGUUCAAGCGACAAAACUCUGAAGUGUCAGUGAAGUAUUUUACUUCGGCUGUGUGAUGUGUAAGCCAGGACUAAAAACUACACAGCCUGAUUGAUUAAGAUCAUCGAAACUUCAAACUGAUUUCACACUCUAAGCCUAUUGAGCUCACAAAACAUAUAACAAAAGGAAUAAAAUAUACCUCUAACAUUUUUUUUGUACAAGCUCUCCAGGUUUUUUGCAAACAUUUUUGCAAAGAACUCUUCAGAUACCAAACAUGUUUGCAAAUAACUCUUCAGAUACCAAACAUUUUUGUAGGAACUCUUCAGAUAUGCACAAAACAUUGUUGCAAGGAACUCUUCAGAUAUAGACCAUGAGCAAUUCAGUUACAUCUCAAACUUCCAAGUUGUUCUACAGCUUCUAAGAUUACACCUGACCUCACUUCGGAAUAUUUGUGCAUCUAAAAGGAAAACUACAGUUGACUUUCCAGUUUCAAAUAAUUGAGCACGAAAUUGUUGCCAAGGUAAAGGUGUGCGAUUUCACGAUGGUCAGUACGUCAUAAUGGCAACAAAGAUAACCCUUACGGCAACAAAGAUAACCCAUACGGCAACAAAGAUAACCCAUACGGCAACACAGACUGUAGAACCAUUCUCUAAUAGCAUCAUUUCAAAUUCUACACUCGAUAACAGCACAGUCAGCAGUAAUCCACCCAAGGAGGCACCAUCAUUCAGAUUUGAAUUAACUAGUAUACUCACAAUAGCUGUUCCAGCCGCACUCUUGAUGAUAAUACUUCUGGCUCUCGUCUGCAGAAGGCGCAGGCGCAGAAGAAAGUCGUUGAGUCGUUCGCUAUCAUAUUCAAACACCUUCGCCAAAAGCUCCGCGAGUUCAAGAGGCAGAUCUCAGUCGACUUCCCAAAGCCCCAGCACACCAACGUCACCAAUAUCGGACAUUUCAGACAUAUUCAAACCGAUGGUGCCUAGCAAGCCGCCUCCUUGCGGCGUAGGGACCGGCUACGUUAAUACAAAUCAUGGUGAUUAUGAGGAGGUGAGAACUACAAACCGCGAAUGUCAACCAUCUAGUGAGUACGAUGUUCCAAAAACAACCAACAGUAAACGUGUGCGCGGAUCACAGAGCUCUUUCAGCGUUACGUUCGCUGGGAGUCAUACUUACAUUGACCUGACCGACGAGCCAUUAGAAGAAGCAACGGACCCUGACUACGUUGAUCUUAUAGACUGUUUGGAGGAAUGCCCCGCGUACGUCAAUGGCCCGGCUAUACAACCAAAUGAAUCAGAAAUCUACAGUCGUCCAAUUAUCAUCGCUACAUGAAAUGGAUACAGUACAGUUUCAGUCCCAACACUGAAAGAAGCUUUUCGUUUAUUCAUUCUGUUUAUAAAGAGGCCCGUACAAGACACUGGCCCCAAAACACCCCAAUAGAAAGAAAACUGUAUGGAGAGCUACCUGAUUUGGAAACCACUGCGCAGUUCAUUUCAUGUAUUGGUCUAGUCAUCUGAACCUUCGAACAUAAAAUAAGAACGUUGACAAAUAGGAGAAGAAAGUCUGUUCAUUAAAACUGAUCGGUUGUUAGUUUUUUCAUGGCAUAGUGUUGACAGUCUCUUCAAAAAUAAAGAAAAAAAGUCACUAGUUAACAUAUCAAACACUAUAGUAAUCAUCCCAGAAGGCCCAGGUUUAUGACUAUUUGAAUGUUUCCCUACUGAGAUCAGCUAACUCUGAUUGGGAGCUCUCUCGCCCUCGUUUGGGCAUGAAAUCAGUGCCUCCUAGUUCCUAAAGAGUUAUCCUCUUACCUCUUCAAGUUUGGGGGAGGAGGGGCCAAAGUGUUCUCUGACUCCACAUUGGCAACAUCAUGAGAAGUUGUUAGGACGGAACCGGGCAAAGUAUGCCACAAAUAUGCGAUCAAACCACUGUAUAUUAUGGCUUGUUUUAUUAAGAAAGACUAAUUGCUCAAUCCUAUUAAAUAUAUGGCGUAAACAAAGAUUUGUUUUGUUAAUUUAAACACUAAUUGAAUAUUUUGUGUACUUAGAGUUGAAAAUGUUGUCGAGACUUAUACGACCAACUUUGGAAUUUUGUGAAAACUAAAUAAGGCUCAGACACAACUUUACAAAGUAAACGUAAUGGCGGUAAAGGCUUAUAUAUAUAUAUAUCAUUAUUUUAACUUUAGAGUUUGAAUAAUGAUACUAUUGCAAUAUUGAACAUAAGGUAAAUGCCAUUGAUGUCAUUAUUUUCUUGAGUUGUGAUAAGAAAUAAAAUUACGAUUUCCUCUAC